GAUUCCGCCCUUUAGCUCCUCGUUUCAUCUUCCCCAAUUCACAACUGAGGGCAAAAAUCAAGGACAACGCCCGAGGGACAGGGAACUGUGAGUGAGUGAGUUCGGUUUUGGCGAUGAGAUUUGGCUUGGCGAUUGAUUGCUGAUGGCGAACCACGAGCUGGUUCUCGGGCACGGGCAGGAUGCGGCGGAGCUAGCGCUGGGGCAGAACCACCACGACUUCGGGCAGGAUCAUCAUGGGCUCGUCCUCGGCCACAGCCACGACCUCGGCCUAGGCCAUCCGCAGGACCACGAUUUUGUUCUAAGCCACGACCACGGGCAUGAGCAUGACCAUGCUCUCGUUCUCAGGCACCACCACCACCACGACAGCCAGCUGGUCCUCGGCCAUGACCACACCGGUGAUCUUGCUUUGGGGCAAGGCCAUGACGAGGACUCGCUGGACGGGGAAGGCCAUCACGAUCUCGGCUUGUCGGAGAACCAUGAGUUGGCGCUAGCGGAACCACAUCCCCUCGUGGACGAUGAUAAUCUUGAUCAUCACUUCACGCUCGAGCAAGCUCACGAGCUUGCACUUGAGCCGGCCCAUGACUUCUCUCAGGGCCCUCUUGCUGUUGCCCCUGUGGUCCAGUCGCGGAUGAUGGUCGUGAGCACCGAGUUUCAGCUCGCCGUGGGGCAGGAAUUUCCUGAUGUCAUGAGCUGCCGCAGGGCUAUCCGCGACACUGCCAUUGCCUGCCACUUUGAGAUACAGACAGUCAAGUCCGACAAGACACGCUUCACUGCCAAGUGCGCUGCUGAGGGCUGCCCGUGGCGCAUCCAUGCUGCAAAGCUUCCUGGAGUGCCUACUUUCUCCAUCAGAACUAUACUCGACAACCAUAGUUGUGUGGGGAUAAACCAUCUUGGCCACCAGCAGGCGUCUGUUCAAUGGGUUGCAAGUACUGUUGAAGAGAGGCUGCGCGAGAACCCACACUGCAAGCCCAAGGAAAUUUUGGAAGAAAUCCACAAGUCGCAUGGGAUCACACUAUCGUACAAGCAGGCUUGGAGAGGGAAAGAGCGGAUCAUGGCAACAGUUCGAGGGUCUUUUGAAGAAGGAUAUCGACUCCUGCCUGAGUACUGUCGGCAAAUAGAAAGAACAAACCCAGGAAGCAUCGCUCGCAUAUAUGGGAACCCGGAUGAUAACUGCUUCCGGCGACUCUUCAUAUCGUUCUAUGCAUCAAUAUAUGGUUUUGUGAAUGCAUGCCGUCCGCUCAUUGGUCUCGAUAAAACUACUCUGAAGAACAAGUAUCUCGGCACCUUGUUUCUUGCCACUGCUUUUGAUGGUGAUGGUGCUCUCUUUCCUCUGGCAUUUGGCGUGGUUGAUGACGAAAAUGAUGAGAACUGGAUAUGGUUUUUGUCUGAGCUGCAUGAAUUGCUGGAGAAGAACACGGAGAACAUGCCAAGGCUCACCAUCUUGUCAGAUAGGCGCAAGGGUAUUGUUGAUGGAGUCGAUAUCAACUUCCCAACUGCAUUCCAUGGGUACUGCAUGCGCCAUCUUAGUGAAACUUUCCGGAAAGAGUUCAACAAUUCAGUGCUUGUCAACCUUCUCUGGGAAGCUGCCAGUGUGCUGACCGCAACAGAUUUUGAAACUAAGCUUCUAGAGAUCGAGGACACCUCACAAGAAGCUGUUGCUUGGAUAAGAGAAAUACCUCCUCGACUUUGGGCCACGGCUUUCUUUGAUGGACCACGGUACGGUCAGUUAACAGCAAACAUCACAGAGUCGCUGAAUUCUUGGAUACUGGACGCCUCCAGCCUCCCCAUAAAUCAGAUGAUGGAGUGCCUCCGUCGGCAGCUGAUGACGUGGUUCAACGAACGCCGAGAAGCGAGCAUGCAGUGGACGACUAUCCUUGUGCCCACGGCGGAGCGCCGCGUGCAGGAGGCCAUCGAGCGUGCACAGAACUACCGAGUUGCCCGUGCCAGCGAGGCGGAGUUCGAGGUCAUCUCACCUCACGAGGGGACAAACGUCGUGGACAUCCGCAACAGGGUCUGCCUAUGCCGCGGGUGGCAGCUCUACGGCAUGCCCUGUGCCCACGGUGUGGCAGCGCUCCUCUCCUGCCGGCAGAACGUCCACCGCUACACAGAGAGCUUCUUCACCAUCGCGAUGUACCGCAAGACCUACUCGCAGACCAUACACCCCAUCCCGGACAAGACGCACUGGAAUGAGACGCCAGAGGACCAGGGUGAGGCUGAGCAGGGCAGGCUGGAGGUGAUCAUCAACCCGCCCAAGUCGCUGAGACCCCCCGGGAGGCCGAGGAAGAAGAGGGUCCGUGCUGAGGACCUCGGCCGGGUCAAGCGAGUCGUGCAUUGCAGCCGAUGCAACCAGACGGGCCAUUUCAGAACCACCUGUGUUGCUCCCAUAUGAGCUCUGGAGCAAGCAGCUGCUGCAGUGCUGUUGGUGCUGUGAAGAACACUGUUAGAAGUCCCAGUGUCUACUACGCAAACUUCCUGCUUGCAGAUUAGUGUUCCAUUGGUCAUUGUAGAUUAUGUGCUGCUGUUGGUUUAGCUGUGAUAAUUUAUUUAAUAUGUUGUUAACUUUCUAAAACGAGGGGGAAUACAAGAGUAAUUAUGUGCUCAAUGUGUUCCUUGAAACUUCCGUCACUCCUGGAUAAACUCGCAUGUAAAGGUCGCUGUGAGACGGAUAUUUGUUUACUUUUAUGAGAUUUUUUUACCA